AUGGCUUUCCGACUCAAAAGAUCGCCGCUUUUUCAAGCCGGGAUCUCACUACACCAACUACAAUCGAUGAUCCUGAGCCUUCAAAGAGCCUUCCGGCUCGAGGAAGUCCGUGUUGCCUCAACAAAGCCGCAGAAAAUUUUCAUUAGAAGUGAUUCAGACCGGAUGGAGUAUUAUCGACGAGCAUUUUUAUCGUUGAACCCAAUGCUGUUACCGAAGAUCUUGACAUCCGCACUGGGGAUAGCGCCGAUGGUUAAUUUGAGUAUAGACUGCCUGGCUGCUCUCCUUGCAGAGAUCUUCCACGAGGCGUACCCGAUGAACGAUUUGGAGGCCGCUUUCAAAAAGGUUCCUGAGAUUCUACUGUCAAAGCCCGAUCGGAUCGUGGCUACGGAAAUGUUUCACGUCAAAGCAUUCGAGCAAGCAUGCCAGAUUGACAAGCUUGGUGAGUACCCACCACGCAGGACAAGCAGAAACGAAACUGACGGCGAUGGUGACCACAGACGAUAG